AUGGCGGCAAAAGAUGCGGAGGCAGGAAAGGUAGGAAGAUUAACAAAACUGAGGAAAGAGAAAGAAGAGAAGCAAAGACAAUUAGAGUUUCCGAUAGGAGGAAAGGAGGCGAGUAAGACGGAGAAGAAAAAGGUGACAAUUACGGAGAUGGAGACAAGAAAGAGACGAGGGGAGGAGGGUGAAAUGGAAAGUGUAGAGAAGAUAAGGUCGGAAUUAGAUUUAGAAAAGAAAAGAUUCAAAGAAUUCAUGGAAGAAUGGAAAAAGAAAGAGCAAAUAUGGGAAAUCAAGAUAAGGAUAUUGGAAGAAAAGAUGGAAGAAGUAGAAAAAGAGGAAAGAAGAAAGAAUGUGGUAGUGAAAGGGAUAGUAGAGGAGAAAGAAAUAAAAGUGAUAAAAGAGGAACCAAAGAGAUGGGCAAAAUUCUUUUUCAAGACUAAAUUAGGGCUGGAUUGCAACGUGGAAUAUGGCAGAGUAAGCAACAAGAAUGACUUGUCAUGGGAGGAAAGAAAAAUUCAGGAGAAAAUUCAUAGAUGGGCGAAAGAAAAAAGAGAAAAAGGAGAAGAGGUGAAAAUAGGAACAAGAAAAGUAAAGAUUAAAGGAAAUUGGAGACAAUGGAGAGAUAUACAGAGAGAAAUGGAGGCAGGAAAACGGAGAGAGAAAGAAGACAAGGAACUGGAAGAUAAGGAGGUUAGAGAAGAGGAAAACUAG